AUGUUUAUAUCCCUUGUAAUAUUAUUUCUAAUACCAGAAUUAAUUCAAACAUGUAAAUUAAAGUUUGACAAAGAUUAUGAUAAAGAAUUUCAUUAUCUAUACGAAGGUGAUAGAAAAAGAAUUGAUGGUAUUUUAUAUAAUUGUUCACAAUACUUACAAAUUAAAACUAUAUCAACGACGAAUAAUUUACUAAAAAAAUUGAGUAUACAAGAUGUAACCUAUACUCUCGAAAAUACAUUUGUCAAUGUGACUGUUCAGACAAAAUUACUUGGCUUUGCAAAUGUCACUGUUCAUGUUUAUUUUCAACCAAAAACUAAUACAUAUUCUGUCAAUGGAGACAAAUUAUUGUCAUCAGUAAACGAAAGUUGUAGAAAUUCAUUACCAUACACAGAGGAUAUUUUAAGAAAUUGUCCAUCGUUAACAUAUGAAAAUGAUUCUUAUGUAUUGAAUGAAACAAUACAAAUAGCUGUCAAACGUCGACAAACAAUUAUUGAUUUUUUAUUUACAGCGAUUGUCAUAGGUCUUGUUACAUGCGGUACAUUUUGUAUUGGAUGUGGUUUAUUAUUUGAACAAAUAGCAGUAAAUUUUCAUCGUCCACUGCCAGUUCUUGUCGGUUUAUUUUGCCAAUUCGUUUAUAUGCCGCUGCUUUCGUAUGGUAUUAUAAGAAUAUUAAAAUUGGAUUCUUCUACUAGUCUUGGUAUUUUGUCAACUGGGAUCUGUCCUGGUGGUGGAGCGAGCAGUAUUUAUACGGCAUUGCUAGGUCUAUUUCCAUUUUGGAUAUGGAUUCUUGGUCGGCCAUUUAUCGAUUUUCAUCGAGCUAAAUUUCCCUGGUGGAAUAUGUUUCUAUCUUUUACAACGUUAUUCAUACCCGCUAUGGCCGGAUUAGUAAUACGUCGUUAUCGACCGGCCAUGGCAAUUCGUGUAGGAAAAUUUUUAAAUGUUAUCGGCGUUGGACUUUUACUUUUUGUAUUGACAUUUGGUGUUUAUAUCAAUAUGUUUAUUUUUUACAUAAUUGAUUUUAAAAUAAUAAUGGCAUCUUGUUUUCUACCUUGGUUUGGUUUUGUGGGAGGUGCUUUAUUAGCCAUUGUAACAACUCAACAUAAGAAGAAGAGUAUAUCAAUUUGUUUAGAGUCUGGUAUUCAAAAUACCGCCGUUAGCAUCUUUUUUUUACGUCUUACAUUUCCUCAACCAGAAGCUGAUUUAGCAUUAACUGCUCCACUUCUAACGAGCAUAACAACACCAAUUCCAUUUAUUUUAAUGUUAAUAGGAAAAAGUAUCUAUCAAAAAUGUUGUGCAUCGUUUUGUGAAAAAAAAGAAUCAAAACAAAAAUCUAUUGAAAUAAAAAAAUAUCCUAAUAAUAACAAACAAACUCAAAAAUCGUCAACAACGAAAAAACAGAAUGAAACAAACUCAGAUGAUACACAAGUCAGAUAA